CACAAUGAUUUUAGAUGAGUCAUUGUCACUGGCUCAUUGCCAGACAGCCCUCAUUGCUGCCGUGCACACAUACAGCACUUCUGAGCCGUGCAUUAUGAUUAUCAUAUACUGAGGAGCGGUCGCUGCACAACUUGCAAACUAUCUGAGGAAUCCUGUCUUUUCACUUAAAACUGCUUAAAGUUACAUGUCGGUUAGAACCUCCUUCAGCUUGUGUGAAAGUAAAUGUGGUGUGACUACAAAGAGAAUAACUGGCUAUCAGUGAAGAUCGGGUUAAUUCCUUGAAUGGAAUUCUAUGGUGACUUCAAAGAGCAAACAACACUAAAACAUGUUGGGGACAAUGGAGAAAGUGACCGUAAAAUGCAUUAAAAGAAGGCUGAAUAUCCCUGGAGUGUGGAUCUGUAGCACAAGCACCCUCAAAGUACACUUUUUGGGACGCAUUGGAUUAUAGACAGCUACUUUAAAAAUCAACGAUUCUUUGUCAUGAUUUGAUCAGAUCAGUUUUAUACCACAUACACUUUGGUCCACCAAGGACAUUGGACUUUCCAGGUGUUGAAAAUCGCAAUAAAUUGACUAAUGGACUAAUAUGUUGGUUUAAAAUGAAGUUUAUGGGCAGUCAGCAUGACGUAUAAAUGUCAUAUUUUAGAUUUUCUCUAAGUGAGCUGCAAGUCUGAGAAUGUUAUGUUCAAGGAAGAAGAAAGCCAGUCUAAAGCACUGUACAACUAUCGCUGUCCCUUCUAUGAAAGGUCAUGGCUACCUUGAUUACACCAUUGAAAAUCAUUCUUCUAAAGCUUUCGAAAAGAUGGAUGAGUUGCGAAAGAAUAAUCAGCUGUGUGAUGUCCUCAUAAAAGUUAUUUAUAAUGGGCAAGAAGAACACUUCCCUGUACAUAAGAUUGUGCUGGCAUCUUGCAGCUCCUUUUUCAGAGCUAUGUUUACCAAUAACUUCCGCGAGUGCUACGCCAAGGAAGUCACCAUCAAGGAUAUAUGCCCUAUAGUAAUGCAGAGACUUAUAGAAUUUGCCUAUACAUCAAGGAUUACAGUUGGAGAAAAAUGUGUCUUGCAUGUACUCUUAGCUGCAAUGAGAUACCAGAUGGAGGAUGUGGCGAAGGCCUGCAGUGACUUUCUCAUAAAACAACUUGAACCCAGCAAUGUCAUUGGAAUCGCCAACUUUGCUGAGCAAAUAGGAUGUACAGAGCUACAUAAAAAAGGAAGAGAAUACAUCAAUAUGCACUUCAGUGAGGUUACAAAGGAGGAGGAAUUCUUAAAUCUUUCUCACUGUGAGCUAUUGGCCUUGGUCAGUCAAGAAAGCCUAAAUGUCCUGUGUGAGACUGAGGUGUACAAUGCCUGUGUGAGAUGGAUGCAGUGGGAUUUGAACAACAGAGCCCAAUAUUUUCAUGUCUUGCUAAAUGCAGUUCAUCUCUAUGCUCUACCACCCAAAUUCCUGGCAGUUCAGCUAAAACAAUGUCCCAUCCUAAACCGAGAGAAUUCCUGCAGGAUGCAUCUUACCAAGAUUUUCCAAGAAAUGUCAUUGCACAAGCCUCUCCCACGAACAAAAGUAAGAGGCAACCAGCUCAUCUAUGUUGCUGGUGGCUACCUUCAUACCUCAUUGAGUUCUAUGGAUGCAUACAACCCACAGACUGGGGAAUGGAUUAAGCUUGCUGACAUGCUAGAACCAAGAAGUGGUCUUGGGGCUUGUAUUGUCAGUGGAUUGUUCUAUACUGUGGGUGGAAGGAAUCAUUCCUCAACAGACAAUACAGACUCAAAUGCUUUAGCCUGCUUCAACCCACUAAAUAAUCAGUGGACGCCAAAAGCAUCAAUGAAUGUUCCCAGGAACCGUGUCGGGGUAGCAGUAGUUGAUGACGCCAUUUAUGCAGUAGGAGGCUCAUCUGGAUCAGAACACCAUAAAAGUGUUGAAAGGUAUGAUCCUGAAAUCAACCAGUGGACAUUUGUUACUCCAAUGCAUGUUGCCCGAAUUGGCGCUGGAAUAACAUCAUGUUGUGGGCUUUUGUAUGCAGUUGGUGGAUUUGAUGGAGAAAGCCGACUGAACACUGUAGAACGUUAUCACCCUGAACAUGACCGAUGGUAUUCUGUGGCAUCAAUGAACACUAUACGAAGUGGAGCAGGUGUUGUGUGUCUGGACAAUUAUUUAUAUGCUGUUGGAGGAUAUGAUGGCAACAAUCAGAUAAACACAGCAGAAAGGUACAAUAUAAUCCACGACUACUGGGAGCCUGUGGCACCAAUGAAGCACAAAAGAAGCGCACAUGGCCUGGCUUUACACCAAGGAAAGAUUUAUGCUCUUGGUGGUUUCAAUGCAGAUGGCUUUCUUUCUUCUGUAGAAUGUUAUUGCCCAGAAAGUAAUACAUGGACAGAAGUAGCAGAAAUGCCCAUAGGGUGCAGUGGCAUGGGUGUAGCAGUAACCAUGGAGCCAUGUCCGGACACUGUCCAAGAAACAACGGAAGACAUCUUGGAGGCUUAGAACGUAAUUUACGUUUGAAUUUAUUGCUGCUGUCCUUUGAAACCUUUUAGUUCCUUAGUCAUUGCAGACAUUAAACAGGCAGAAUUCAGAUUAUAGCCGGAUACACACAUGCACUUUUUAUUUUGUUGUGUUGCAGUUUUUUUUUU